AUGCGACGUGGUGAUUGGCGUAGGUGCACAAAGGCCGCAGGGCGACCAUGGAAGUGUACGUGUGCCUCACCCAAUGAUCUUUUGUUUCUCAUAUCGCAGUUGGAUUUGAGGUUGCAAUUCGAGUCCCUAACCCUCGGAGAGCACGGCGCAAUCCGGGGUGACGAGCAGUCGUACAAGACAACGCAGCAAACCAGACCCAAACCAAGUGUGCUGGACCACGUUGCAUAUUCUUCUUUCAGUUCUGAUCCCCCCACUCGCGCUGCGUUCGCGUUACAUAUAUUCAAUUCCACAGAAGCGUGCAAACUGGCAACCACUGCUUUGGUGGCUAUCGGCGGUUCUACUCUACAACGGUCUCGAAUACUUCGACCACGCGCGCUCGGUCAAGGAUAUCCGGCACCUCCUGUCGCGAACAUAGGAGCAGUCCGUCUGAUUACGAGUCUACCAGGCAACUACUCUCAAAAUGCAACGGAAAUAUCUGGUGAUAUUUCUUGCCCUUCCUUUGGUGAAUGCGGUGUCUCUGUCCGAUUUCCAGCAAAUACCUCCGAUAUUAUUACCUAUAGCUUGCAAGUUGACAUAUUGUCCGAUUUCCAAAACGGGUGCUCAACGCAAUGUCAAUCAGCGUUGACCGCGGUGGCCAAGUCCGUCAUUAGUGCUUGCGAUGGUGCAUCUACCAGCUCGAACAUUUUAUUGGGGGUAGUUUUGACCGGUGGGAUAAUACCAGCACUGUGUCCAACUGUGACGACAAGCCCAACUACUGCACGUUCUGUGACCAGUGCAACAAGCCGCAGCACAAAAGCAUCUAGUUCUGCAGCGCAAUCUUCAUCGGCAACUUCUAAAGCAGCUGUCACCACAUCAGCCACCGAAUCGUCCUCAUCACCCUCCGAAUCGUCCACAUCAUCCUCGCAAUCGAGCAUAGAUGUGGGUGGGUCGUCAAGCAGUUUAAUAACUACUACUUCCCCCGAAGGCUUAGUAGCAACGAGCAGCAGUAGCAGCAAGGCUGCCGAACCCACCAAGAAACCGAAUACGAAAUCCGACUCGGGAGGCGGCAGUCCAUUCGAUAUACAAGCUAGCACAGGCCACCUUGAUCGAGGCUCUACAUUACCUUCGGCCACCGAAAAUAUAUUAUGGCUGAAGCGAGUCGCAGGCACCUCACACCCAUCAUCAACUCCCGAUACCGAAACCCCCCAGUCCUCCAAAAUGGACGCUCAAGAUCUCCAAGAAUCUGCGAGCCCACAACGAAAGCCCUCCCCAAAACCCCUCCGCUCCAGCUCCCCGAAAAAACAAUACCUCAUCCUAUACAAUUUCACCUCGGCGCUCCUCUGGCUGGUGGUCCUCGGACGCGUGGUUUUACUGGUGCCUCUGGUGGGAUUCGGACGAACGUACAAGGGGGUUGGCCAAUUUGCAAAAUGGACGCAAACUAUGGCGUUGUUGGAGGUUGUGCAUGCUGCUACGGGACUCGUCCGCGCCCCAAUUAGCACAACAGGCAUGCAAGUAGCGUCACGCAUCCUCCUCACCUGGGGCGUUGUCAACUCCUUCCCAUCUCUGGCAAAAAGCGCUGUGUACUCAUGCAUGCUCGUAGCAUGGAGCGUCACCGAGGUAAUCCGGUACUCGUACUUCACGAUCACAUUGAGUGGAUAUGCGCCGAAAUUCAUUACGUGGUUGAGAUAUAAUACUUUCUAUGUGCUGUAUCCGAUGGGGAUCAGCAUUGAUACUGUUUAUCUAUGUUCCUGGAUCGUAUAUUCUGUAUACGCAUAUGAUGAAGCAGAGAAGGAAGGUUAUGAGAGGCAAGCAGGUGCAGAAGGCAGAAUAGAUCGCUUGGAGAAUGCCACCGAUGCUUAA